CUCGAUCUGAGCGUUAUCACCACCUUGCAUCAGAAGAAGAUGAAGAGACAAAUGAUGAAGAGACCUCAGUGGAAAUUCGUCAGUUCUCAUCCUGCUCUAACCGCUUCAGUAAGGUAUACAGCAGCUCUGAGCACCUAGCUACUCAGCUCAACCUCAGCUUCUCCUCCACUGAGAGAAGCCACAGUGAUGAGAAGGAGGAGCGAGGGGAGAAGUGGGAGAGGAUCACAUCUGGAGAAGAGGAUAAGGGCCGGCUCUUUAAUGAGACUAGAUUACGUUCAUGGACAUCUUCUGGUUCCUCCCACCAUUCAUUUUUAAGUGAUCGCAGUACCAGCCCCUGUGUCCUGACCAGCACCUGCAGCCUGGACACCAUGCCUAAAUUUGCAUUCUCAUCAGAAGAUGAAAACUCUGACCAUAAAUCUGAAAGACCCAGCUUUAUAAUAGGAAACACCUCAAAACCUACUUCACUUUGUGCAGAUAUCGUCAGCUUAAGCCGGACUCGUCUGCGAAGCAACAGCACUGGAGCUAAGAACUCUUCACCACGCAUGCUGGAGGCUGGACUCGGCCGAAGACUACGGCAUCAAAGGGAUACUCCUGAUAGGCAGAGUUUAUCACCAGGAAACAGAGUCCCCAAAUCUGCUUCAGUCUCUGCUCUAUCACUGAUCAUCACCUCUGAUGAUUUUGGCAGUGGAUCUCUCAUAAGCCCUAUAUCCCCGCGCUCUCUCUCUUCCAAUCCUUCCUCACGAGAUUCCUCCCCCAGCCGUGACACAACUAUUGCAGUAUCCAGCUUGCGCCCUCCUAUCAUUAUUCAUAGCUCUGGGAAGAAAUAUGGCUUCACUCUUCGUGCUAUCCGUGUUUACAUGGGAGAGAGUGAUGUAUAUACUGUUCAUCACAUGGUCUGGAGUGUAGAGGAUGGAAGUCCAGCCCAUGAGGCUGGUCUAAGGGCUGGUGAUCUGAUUACACAUGUGAAUGGGGAGUCUGUCCUUGGGCUAGUACACAUGGAUGUGGUGGAACUCCUGUUGAAG